AUGGUUGUUCCCAAGACAAAAUGGGACAGGGUUGGCUGGGUGAAGAAGCUGGAACCAAAUUGGGUCCCUUUUAUUUAUUCUGUUGAUAAUGACUUGAGAUAUACCCUUCGCACACCAAAGAAUGUUGGGCGUGAAGCAAUGGUGUAUCUAACCUUCAUUAUUGACUACUAUGACUCGCUUCCAGACAUAGUAGCAUUCACACACUCUGCAAACAGACAGUGGCAUAAUGAUGUCAAGGGCCUCAAGACGGUCACUGUCCUGUCGCAACUGCAGAUUGACGCUGUCAAGAGAAAGGGAUAUGUGAACCUGCGGUGUCUAUGGGAGCCAGGAUGUCCAACUUCACUCAAUCCUCUCAACCCAACAGAGAUAGAUAUCCAGAGGCAGGAUGAGCGGGCCAAGAUGCCUGAGAUAUACAUGCAACUUUUCAACGUCACGAGGAACGAGGUCCCAGAACAUAUCGGGGGAGUCUGCUGCGCACAGUUCGCAGUGACUCGGGAACGAAUCCGGGCCCGAUCUCGGGAAGACUAUAUUCGGAUGCGGAACUGGGCGCUGGAAUAUGAUUUGACGAGCUUCAGUAUCGGCUGGGUGUUUGAGCAGCUCUGGCACAUCAUCUUCAUGGAGGAAGCAAUCCAUCUAACGGUAUACCUGCAGCUGUCCUUCCGAGACGCAAUGCCGGUAACAGGGGCAAAGAAAUACGCGUCACAGAUGAUGGGAGUCUUCGAGUGGCGGGAAAUUGAGCAGGAACGCAUGGGGGAAAGGAAUACGAGGCGACACCGGCCUCAACCGUCGAUAUCGAAGGUGCAAAUUGAGGUGAAGAGCCAGGAGAGUUUCGGCUGGCUGCUGGCUGGCAUCCAUGACCACCAUGUGAUGUGCCUGAAGGGAAGGUUAUCCAGGGGCGCUGAUUCGAUAAAUUACUUGAUAGCCCGGAUGUUUGCCCGCACUAGUCCCGAAGCGACCAAGGCAGAAGCCCGCUGCGUUCAACGCUUCACCUUCCCGCCAUCAAACCCUCCAGGAAACAACAACAACGACACACUGCGGCCUGUCCUGUUCUCUGUCUCUGGCAAAAUUCUACAAGAUGCCAACACUAUUGAAUCAUACAACAUCGAGGAGAAGGGGUUCAUAGUGUGCAUGGUGUCAAAGCCAAAACCUGCACCCUCUGCCUCAGGCUCAGCGGCGUCCUCAUCCUCUCAGACACCUGCCGCUCCACCAUCUGCUCCAAUCCCCGCUACGCCUUCAGCUCCAGCUCGGGCAAAUGUUACCGCCUCAGAGACUCCGGCCACUCCCUCGCCUGCUGGCGGUGCUGCCUCAGGUGCGACCUUCAAUGACCCCUCCGCCCUUCUUAUGGGAAACCAGGGACAGGAAGCGAUCACUCAGAUGGAGGCCAUGGGUUUCCCAAGAAGCGACAUCGACCGUGCCAUGAGAGCUGCUUUCUUCAACCCCGAUCGUGCCAUUGAAUAUCUUCUAAACGGUAUCCCCGAAGAAUCCGAGCGUGAACCCCCAAGCGCGCCACCAGCAGGGUCUUCCCAAGCUCCUCCUGUAGCUGCCGGUGGUUCAGGUGGUGCGACCGACUCUCAGGUCCAAGAAUCUCUAAAUCUUUUUGAACAAGCCGCUGCACAGGCUGGUGGAGGCGGCGCUGGCCGUGGUCGUGGUGCCGGUGCGGGAGAAGGUGCUGGCAGCUUAGGCAAUUUGGAAUUCUUGCGAAACAACCCCCAUUUCCAACAGCUACGUCAGCUCGUCCAGCAGCAGCCACAGAUGCUUGAACCUAUCCUUCAGCAGGUCGGCGCCGGAAACCCUCAACUCGCCCAAUUGAUUGGCCAAAACCAAGAGCAGUUCCUACAGUUGCUUAGCGAAGAUAUCGAUGACGAAACACAGAUUCCCCCAGGGGCUCAAUCCAUCAGCGUAACGGAGGAGGAGAGAGAUGCAAUUGAGAGACUUUGCCGAUUAGGCUUCCCCCGCGACUCUGUCAUCCAGGCCUACUUCGCAUGUGACAAGAACGAAGAGCUUGCGGCCAACUUCCUAUUUGACCAGCCCGACGAAGGUGAAGACCAGCAAUAG